AUGACGUAUGAAGAAUUCAUGGCCCUAGAAUGCCUUUCUGGCAGUGAAGAUGAGUUAGAUUUUGACGAUUCAGAUGAAGACCCGACAAUAAACGUAAAUGAUCUGGAAUCUGCAGAUAGUGAUAGCGAGCCUGAGGCUACUGUAGUUAACACACAUAAUUCAAAUAAUUAUUGUUUGAAGGAUGAUGAGAAUGAAGCUGUUGCUGAUGCACAGGUAUCAAAAGCUUCUGAAAAACACCAAAAGGUUCAGAAAAAUCGAAUCAUCUGGAAAAAACAAAGUGCUUCAUCUGGAAAUGAUAAAUUUAAAUUCGGAGGAAAGUCCUCACUGCCACAGUCUUUGGCUCCACCUACUGCUGUUCGUGAUCUCUGGAAUGAUGUAAUUGGUGUUGAGGUAGCAAAACAGACAAUGUCUCAGAGAUACUUUGAGAGUCUGAUGGCCACUUUGCAUUUCAAUGACAAUACAAAGCGGCCAAACACUGAGAGUCAAGAUAAUGACAAAUUGUACAAAAUCAGACCUAUAAUUGAUCAUGUGAAUAAAAAAUGUCUUUUGGUUCCAAUGAGUGAGCGUUUGUCAGUUGAUGAACAAAUCUGCGCAACCAAAGCAAGGCACCACAUGAAGGUUUAUAUGAAAGACAAACCACAUAAAUGGGGGUAUAAACUAUUUGUUUUGUGUGGGGUUAUGAGGUUUGCACACAAUAUUGAAAUCUACAGUGGGCAAGAAAAUAAUCCAAAAUUCAGGUUAGAUAAUGAAGCAGAUAUUGGAGCAUCUGGAAACGUGAUUCGCCUCAUAAGUGAAGUUCCAAGGUAUCAGAAUUACAAGAUCUCCUUUGACUGA